GAGCGCGGGUCGGAGUUGAUCUGUCAAAAUAGCGGUCUUGGUAGUAGCGACACUGUAUAGAUCGACCACGCUUCGCCAGCGGUGCUCUAGAAAUUUUUUUACCGAAAGUAUAACUCAAAUAGUCGUCCAACAUGUGUGUUGACACGAAAUGAAAAGCAUUUGCGUGCACGUCUAGCCAGGGAUAUACACUCGUUUAAGAAAACCUCCUUCUCAUGGAGCUUCGAGAACAAGGAGCAGUUGUGGACUUUGGGUCCUUGCACCUCGGUGCACUGAAGAGAAUUGUGACGGGCGGCGUUGCAAUCCCGGGCGAUCCGGGCUAUGAGGAUGCCAUACGGCGGUGGAGUGCACUCGCUGUCAAGCAGGCAGGUAUAGUGGUGUUCCCCACGACAGCCAGGGAGGUUAGCGGGGCCAUAGUCUACGCCAACGGGCACUCGAUCCCGUUCACGGUGUGCUGCGGCGGACACGCCACGAGCGGCUCGUCGUCCAUCGGCCCGGACGGCAUGCUCAUCCACCUGCGCCUAAUGCAAGCCAUCUCGGUCGACGCGCAAGCGAGGACCGUCACCUUCGGCGGCGGGUGCCUGUGGCGGCAGGUCGACGCGGCGACCUCGGAGUACGGGAUGGCCACGCCAGGCGGGACCAUAUCACACACCGGGGUUGGAGGCUUGAUCCUGGGCGGCGGGUUCGGGUGGCUGAGCGGGCGGUACGGCCUCUGUAUCGACAACCUGCUCGAGGUGGAGGUUGUCCUGGGCGACGGGAGGAUCGUGACGGCCAACGCCGCAUCCGAACCGGAUUUGUUCUGGGCCAUGCGCGGGGCAGGCCACAGCUUCGGCGUCGCGACCAGGUUCACCUCGCGCCUGUACCCGCAAGGUGACGUCUGGGGCGGGCUGCUCGAGUUCCCGCACGAGCGGCUGGCGGAGGUCACCGCGGUCGUCAACGAGAUGAUCAACAAGGGGGACGAGGAUCAAUGCCUCAUGGUCACGUCUACAUACGCGACCUCGAAAGACUCGAAGAGCACAGUGCGGGCCAAGGUCACGACGGUUUGCUGCUUUUACAACGGCACAGCGGAAAAGGCAGAGGGUGAAAUCUUCAAGCCGCUGCUGAGCCUGCGCCCGCACACCAGCACUGCCAAGCAGCUGCCGUACGCAGAGAUGAAUAGGGUUCUGGACGAGUUUUUGACAUACGGGUCGAUGAUGCGGCAGGGCGGAACUAACGUCCUCCCGCAUCUGACCGCACAAGUGCUGUGUGGCGCCGCGAACAAGCUAUUUGAUUGGGUUGACGAGAUGCUGCGAAAGUCAGACGGGAGGGUUGAUGCACGUGAUAGCAUAAUCGCAUGGGAGCUUAUCCCCUUCGACAAGACGGCGUCUGUGCCGGGCAGCGCGACCGCGACGGGAAACCGUGGCCGGUACUACAACGUUGGGAUGGUGGUUUGCAACAGCAGCAGCGACGCGUCGCAAGACGACGAGAUGCGGGCGUUUAAGCGAGAACUGUCCGCCAGCAUCGCCACGGCGGGGUUCAAGGCUGACAUGGUGGGACACGGCGGGGUGGGCCACUACGUGAACUACGCCGAGGAGCAGCUCAGCGCCGAGGCCGGGUUUGGAGGGAACGCCAAGCGCCUGAGGGAAUUGAAGACGAGAUAUGAUCCGGACAAUAGGUUUCGGAAGCUGUGGAGGCUCGACACAAAUGUGUAAGAGGAAUUUUUACGUUGCACUUGACUCCAUGAUCGUAGUGAUGAUGGAAGAGUCCGUGGAUAUUGUGACACGUUUUGGGCCAUUAAAGUUUACCAUGAACCGCCAGUAGAUUUGCAGUGGACGCAGGCUGCUUACUAUUGCGACAAGGCAUUGAUCACGCUUGGCCUUGGUUACUCGUUUGCUGGACCCCACAUUCGUACCACCAGACGUUGACGACCAACCCUCAAUUGUCUUGAUUCUGCCUUGGUUGCCUCAGGCUUGGGAUUUGCGGGGUUCGGCCAGCUGGUGGGCUGUGACUUCCCAUGCCGGUUUGCUUUGCUGUAUGAGACGAAAACGAAUCCGUCCAAAAUCCUUUCGUAUUGACAAAGGAAAAAGAAAUCCAAACGAAGAAACAAGAAGAAGAGAGUAGAAGAACGCUAUGCUCGGAAAAGUCACCAAUACGACAGCAUCACGAACACAGAGUUCACCAUUACCAUAGAGAUAAGACCGCCUCACAUCUGUGAUACCACAUGCGUUUCUGAUCAAUAAACAAAGUGCAUUCGACCUCCCUGAAGCUGCCUUUUUUCGCCUAGCCAUUCGACUUGCAUUAGAACCCCGGGAGGGAACGGGUUUCUUGAUUGAUUGCAUGGACGCGGGGUGAGGCCGCACUGCGACAGCCAACGGAUUCGCGUUGCGGCAGUGCAUUUUUGUUCCUGUUUUUCCUUCGCCCUGUUGAAAAGAAAGCAAAAGCAAAAUUAACCAUCCAUCGCCCUUGACAGCAGCUACUGCAACCAUAACUAGCAAAUGGAGCUGAGGGCGGCUCCUCUGCGCGCAUUUUGACUCAUUCCCUCAUCCUACAGACCUGCAGGCUCUCCGCCACAGCCUUACCUGGUUCUUGGCCUGUCC